GCCCGCUCGUUAUUCCAAAAUGGCGCCGUGUUUAUGUCUCGGGGUAGCGUCUCGUUGUUGCCCCUGAGCUUCAUGGGGAGUUUCGGUGAUUACGGUCCAGGGGAAGGAAGGAUACAUCCACAACAACACUGACUGCGGAAGUUAAACUGACCGUCGAUAGGAAGGAUGCAGACUAAUCCGUCUCCGAGGGAGGGGAUGGAGGCGCUGGGUGUGAGUGACCCAAGCAAAACUACCACAGGGAAUGAGGAGGGCAACGCAGAGCAAACAGACACUGAAACCGCAACAGCAAAAGAGGAGGAGACAACAUCCAAGGAGGAGAAAGACAAGGAUGGAGAUCCAAAGGAAGGGGAUGAGUGUCAGGAGAAGAUGCAGGUAGAGACGGGAGAUGGAGGUCAGAAGCAGGUUGAGGAAGAGGAGGGUGAAUGGGAUAUUGCAUACAGCGAUGAGGAAAUGGAAGACCCCAAGGGCUGGAUGCCGCCACCUGUGGAGAUAAAAAGACUUUACGAGCUGCUGGCUAAAGGAGAGAUGCUGGAGCUGAACUUUGUCCCUCUCCCCCGGAGACCCCCCACACCAGAGCGCACUCCGUCACCCGAGAGAGAUGAUGAGGAAGAGGCGGCAAAGGAAAGAGAGAGGGAGGAGAGAGAGCGCAAGCCUCCAACUCCAACAGAGUUUGACUUUGAUGAGGAGCAGAUGCAAUCUACUCCCAAAAAUGCCUUCAUAAACAGACGGCGAACACCAGGAUCAUCGGGCCGGUCCUCCGUAAAGCGAGAGGCUCGGCUGGACAAGGUUUUGUCGGACAUGAAGCGCCACCGGAAGAUCGAGGAGCAGAUUAUGCGAACGGGCCGAGAUCUGUUCAAGACCGAGAAGAGGCUGGAGGAGGCUCUGUCUCCUGCCAGCCAGAAGGAACGAGAAAAGGAGCGAGAGCGAGACAGCAACCCUAACACCAUCUUCUCCCCCCGGCAGAGGAGAUACUAACCCCCUGAGUUUUCCCACGCCUCUUUUCCAAAAACUUGAAUUUUUCUAAGCAACAGACUUUUGUAUGUUUUUUUUUCUAUGUGUUUUGUAUGACGGUAAUAAAUGCUGAAUGUGAUU